GCAUUUAACAGAAACAUAUGUUUUUGUUUUCAGACACACAAACUAAGUGAAUAAUAGUUUGUAAAUAAGCACUUAAUGAACAAAGUAACGGCAAAAACAACAUACCCAAUGGACGAAAAGGACAAUCCGUUUGAUAUGGACAGCUCCAGCUUUGAUGCAGACAGAUAUCUAGAGAAGCUGCUGAAGGAUUGCUCAUUGAAGCAAAUCAUGGACACGGAGGCGGCCGUCGUAAAGGAUACCCAAACGCUGCACUCGGACAUGCAAACGCUCGUCUACGAGAACUACAACAAAUUCAUCUCGGCAACGGACACCAUACGCAAGAUGAAGGAUGACUUCAAGCAGAUGGAGACGGAUGUGAACCUGCUGAUGACCAAGAUGCAGUCCAUCACGACGUUCAGCGAACAGAUUACGGGCACACUCCAAGGCACACGCUCCCAGCUGUGUCGUCUCUCGGAGAAGCACUCGCUUCUCAAGCGCCUGCAGUUUCUGUCCACGUUGCCAGCCAAGCUCAAGUCGCUGAUAGAGGAGCAAAACUAUGCGCAGGCUGUGCAGGAUUAUCUGCACGCCCAGAAGGUGUUCGCGCAGUACGGCAGGCAGCCAUCCUUUGAUGGCAUUCAGCGUGACUGCGAUGCGAUAAUGGCUGAGUUGAAGGAGCGUCUGCGACAGGACUUUCAGCGAGCGGGCAAUACAGCCCAAUCGCUGACCGAAAUAGGAGAGCUGCUGCUGCAGCUGGACGAGAAGACCUCGGAUUUGGCCAGCGAGAUGUUACGGUGUGCUGCCAAGCGUCUGCACGAACAAAUUGUCAUGCUGCAGGAUCAGACAGAACGCGAUAUGCUGGAGUUUGUCGACAUGGGCAUCGAUGGUUUCCUCAACGAUCUGGCGCUGGUGGUCACCUCAUAUUUCGAUAUGUUUGUGGCCAAGCAUUACGAGCACGAACGCGACGACUUCCAGGAGAAUGCUCUGAACGAGCUAAACCUCUUUCUCAAUGAGAACAUAGACAAGUAUCUGACGCUGGUGCAGGAUCGCGUCGAAUCGGAUAUUGGUUAUGGCGAUACGCAGGUCAUGCUGCGCGCCUUGGAUCGCCUGCAUCGCCGGCUGCAGGCCAUGCGCAACAUCUGUCGCGGCCUUCAGGUGCAACGCAACACGCUGGACAUCAUCAUUGCGGCCGCCCAUCAGCUCUGCGAUGCGCAUGGCAAGAGCCUGAGGGAUCACUUUGCUGAUAGCCUGAGCGCAGUGCGUCUGUCGCUGGUGUCGGCCAAGAGCGAUCUGGCUGCGGGCGUGAAUCUCAAUGAUCUGAUCAGCAAUCUGUAUGUGGCCAUGGUUGAGAAGAUAAAGGGCGUGCUCCAGGAUCUAAUGAUAUUUCUGCGCACCGAUUGGUCCUUCAACAUCAAAGCCGAGCACAAGGGCGCUCUGUGCGUGGAGGGGAUUAGGGAGAAUCUGUUGAUUGGCUUUUUGCGUCACAUCUCCAAGGUAAUGUGCGGCUUUGCAGAUGCCUCCAGCUCCAGUCCACCCAAUUUGCUGCUGGUGCUCUCCAAGACAUGCCUCGAACUGGAACAGCAGGGUGUGCAUAUACUGAUUGCGCUCGUCGAUGAUCUCUACGAGAUUGAGUCGGAGAACAGCGCCACGCUCACACACGAAACGGAAAUCUGCGCAGAGAUGCGCGAGACAGCACAGUCGCUGCUGGACGCCUAUGUGCGGCUGCAGGGCACAAACAUAUCCCAAAUGCUGCGCAAGAGCGUCGAGACGCGCGACUGGCUCAACUGCCUGGAGCCUCGCUCGGUGCGGGCGGUGAUGAAGCGCGUCGUGGAGGAGCUGGGCAGCAUUGAGACUGUGGUGGCUAGUCUCUAUGAGAGCGCCGGCAAUCCCGGAUUUCGCACCACGGCCAGCAGCGAUUCCAGUCGCAAAACCUACUUCAGCAAUUUCAAUGCCUCCAAGCCGCAGUAUCGCUCCAAUUGGUCCAACUAUACGCCCUCGCAGCUGGAGUCCAGCUAUGUGUCCAACAUACAUCGCUUAUUCUCGGAGCGCGUGGACAUAUUCACCUCUGUGGAGUUUAGCAAGGCAUCCAUUGUCAUGGGCAUCAUUAAAAUUGGACUCAAGACGCUGCUGGAGUGCGUGCGUCUGCGCACCUUCAGCAAGUUUGGACUGCAGCAGAUUCAGGUGGACGCGCACUAUCUGCAAAUGAAUCUCUGGCGCUUUGUCAGCGAUGAAAACCUGGUUAAUUUCCUGCUGGACGAAAUACUCGGCUCGGCGGUGCAUCGCUGUCUGGAAUCGGUGCUAAUGGAACCGAAUGCCGUGGAAAUCAUUUGCGAGCGUGGUUAGUAUUCCACACAGAAUAUCUCUGUGCAACAUUCCUGGUCCGAAGCCUGGCCUUAAUCUGUGUCUAUUUAAUUUUGUUACUUGCUGCUAGCCUAAGGAUUUUACUUAAUAUACAAAUACACUAAAUAUUAUAUACCAUA